AUGGAUAAAUUCGUCAUUCGAACGCCUAGACUCCAGAGUAGUCCUCAGAAGAAAGAUCCUGGAGGAAAGAUUUACAAGCAGGCCACAAUUGAAUCUCUGAAGAGAGUUGUGGUUGUAGAAGACAUAAAAAGAUGGAAAACUAUGUUGGAGCUUCCUAAUCAAACCAAAGAGAAUCUAGUUGAAACAUUACAAGAAUUAAAGAAGAAAAUACCCUCCAAGGAAGUGUUAAAAUCAACAAGGAUAGGUCACACGGUGAAUAAGAUGCGUCAACACUCAGAUUCAGAAGUGGCUUGUCUUGCCAAAGAAGUUUACACUGAGUGGAGAACUUUCAUUGAGAAACAUGCAAAUAGACCUUCUAUUGAAGUUCGAAGUGAUUCCAAAACCGAGGCGCUUAGGAAAAACGCCCAGAAAUUACUCUCAGAAGCGCUGGAAUUAGAGAUGGAUCACCUACUGGUUGAAAAUAUUGAGCGGGAAACGUUUCAUCUCUGCUCCCGCCUCAUUAAUGGGCCCUACCGGCGGACGGUGAGAGCCCUGGUCUUCACAUUAAAGCACCGAGCUGAAAUCCGGGCCCGGGUGAAGGACGGCUCGCUGCCGGUCGGCACGUUUGUACAGACCCACAAAAAAUGA